CCGGGCGCGGCCCGCCCACCCGCACCCUCCUCCGCCGGCUAGCCUGCCGCCGCUCGAGCUCCGCGGCCACCCGGAGACCCGCGGCGCGCGGCGACAUGGCGGGCGGCCACCGCCUCCUGCUGGAGAACGCGCAGCAAGUGGUGAUGGUGUGCGCCCGCGGCGAGCGCUUCCUGGCGCGGGACGCGCUGCACAGCCUGGCCGUGCUGGAGGGCGCCAGCCUGGUGGUGGGCACGGAUGGGUUUAUAAAAGCCAUUGGUCGGGCUGAUGCUAUCCAAACACUGUUUUCUGAAGAAACGUUUGAAGAAAGAAUUGACUGUUCUGGGAAAUGCAUCUUGCCAGGUUUGGUGGAUGCACACACACAUCCAGUCUGGGCUGGUGAAAGAGUUCACGAAUUUGCAAUGAAGUUGGCAGGAGCCACGUACAUGGAAAUUCACCAGGCUGGAGGAGGCAUCAACUUCACUGUGGAGCACACGCGCCAAGCCUCGGAGGAGGAGCUAUUCUGCUCCCUUCAGCAGCGGUUGCAGUGCAUGAUGAGGGCGGGGACCACACUGGUGGAGUGCAAGAGCGGAUACGGCCUCAACCUGGAGACGGAGCUCAAGAUGCUGCGUGUGAUUGAGCGCGCUCGGCGCCAGGGGCCCAUCGGCAUCUCGGCCACUUACUGCGGGGCUCACUCAGUGCCAAAAGGAAAGACUGCUACAGAAGCUGCUGAUGAAAUCAUCAAUAACCACCUCCCAAAGCUGAAGGAGCUUGGCAGCCGUGGGGAAAUACACGUGGACAAUAUAGAUGUGUUCUGUGAGAAAGGCGUCUUUGAUCUCAAUUCCACCAGAAGGAUUCUUCAAAGUGGAAAAGAUCUAGGAUUACAGAUUAACUUUCAUGGGGAUGAACUCCAUCCUAUGAAGGCUGCUGAGCUGGGAGCUGAGCUGGGAGCUCAGGCGAUCAGUCACCUGGAAGAAGUGAGCGAUGAAGGCAUCGCUGCCAUGGCAACGGCCAGGAGCUCCGCUGUCCUCCUGCCCACCACCGCCUACAUGCUGAGACUGAAGCAACCUCGGGCUAGGAAGAUGUUAGAUGAAGGGGUAAUCGUUGCUCUGGGCAGUGAUUUCAACCCUAACGCAUAUUGCCUUUCAAUGCCAAUGGUCAUGCAUCUGGCCUGUGUGAACAUGAGAAUGUCCAUGCCUGAGGCUUUGGCGGCUGCCACUAUCAAUGCAGCAUAUGCGCUGGGAAAAUCUCACACACAUGGAUCUCUGGAAGUUGGUAAGCAAGGAGAUCUCAUUAUCAUCAAUUCGUCCAGAUGGGAGCAUUUGAUUUACCAGUUUGGAGGCCAUCACGAAUUAAUUGAAUAUGUUAUAGCUAAAGGAAAAGUCAUCUACAAAAAAUGAAAGAUCUGAAAGGAAAGAGAAGACUCUUCGACUGUAUAAGUCAAUGCAGUUAUAGUCAAAGUUAAAAUACCAUAGUAAUUUACCAGGGUGAUGUCAGAUAUAUUUCAGUGCUUUGUUAAUCCACUUGAAAAAACCAAGAGAUAAAUUUAUUUUCUUUUAACAUGUGUACCUGGACAUAUAAAUAGGUAAAUCAAUUGGAUCAUAAUCUUAUAACAUUAAAUCAUCUCACAGAGAUUUGUUACAAAUAUUUUGAAGAUUAAUAUGAUGGAGUAUCACCAAAAUGCCUUUGCGGGGAAAGCAGAUUGGCAAUUAGGUAGACAUGGCUUGGAAAUCCCAUUUUAUUUCUGCUUUUCAAGUUUCAGUUUUUAAAUUACAUUUAGUGAAAAUUAGGGGAUGGUGAGAAAUCCAAGUGAUAUGCCCCAAACUAAGCACGUGUAGCCUUCUAUAAUAGGCUAGUCCUGGAGCGCCUGGGUGGCUCAGUCGGUUGAGCAUCCGACUUCGGCUCAGGUCAUGAUCUCGUGGUCCGUGAGUUUGAGCCCCGCGUCAGACUCUGGGCUGAUGGCUCAGAGCCUGGAGCCUGUUUCAGAUUCUGUGUCUCCCUCUCUCUCUGACCCUCCCCCGUUCAUGCUCUGUCUCUCUCUCUGUCUCAAAAAUAAAUAAACGUUAAAAAAAUAAAAAAAAAAAAUAGGCUAGUCCUUUCCCCACAUAGUUUGUCUUUACAGAUGUUCUUUGAAUGAAUUAGUGUCUCCUAUGGGAGGGUGUCCCUAUAUUUCUAAUUUCUUCUCAAUUCUAACAAUAGAGCUGCACAACAGAUUUCAAGGCUUGUCAUUUUAUACAUGGGUACAGGGGCCUUCCUCGAAAGGAUGCAUUUUGACCAAAUCCAUUAAUGUGAUUUUUAAGUCAUUUUUAAGUUUUUGAUUGUUCACAUUACAAAUGUGUAACAAAAUUUUUGUAGCUCUCAAUAAAUUUUGUAGUCACUAUUA